UAUGUCAACACAUCAGUCAACACUUUCUUUAUUCUGGUCUACAGUCUGGUCUUUCUGGUGGGUUUACCCCUCAAUGGCUUCAUCAUGAAGUUUUACUUUUGUGGAGCUCAGCAGCAGGCAUCGGGCAGUUUGAUGGUCUACAUGAAGAACCUGACAGCUGCUGACUUCCUGCUCUGCCUCUCUCUGCCACUGCGCAUCAGCCACUAUGCCAGCAGCUCUGUCAUCAUUCGGCAGCUCUACUGUAGUUUUGGAGCUUGUGCCAUUUUCCUCAACAUGUACGCCAGCAUCAUAUUUAUGGGGUCCAUUGCUGCUGACAGGUAUGUGAAAAUUGUUCAUACUUCACAAAUGCACAUGCUGCAGACAGUACAAGCAGCAAACAUCAUCUCCAUGGUCACCUGGAUUUUUCUUCUGGUUCCUGCCAUCACCUACACCAUCCUGUUUUUCAUCAGCCAAGAACCUCGGAGUUCUACCCUGAGCCGCUGUGGUUCCCUCUUUAGUGCAUCAGUCAGCCUGGUCUUCAAAAUAAUUCACAUCAGUUGCACUAUCAUCUUUCUCGUAGUCUUCAUAUCUUUGGUCUUCUUCUACUACAGCAUCUCCCGCAGGGUGUUGAAGGCACAGCAGAGGCAGCUGGCCUCCUCUGAGAAGCUGGUGAAGUCUCGCAGGAACAUGUUGGUGCUGGUCAGCAUCUUCUGUGUUUGUUUUGUGCCCUAUCACCUGGCUCGACUUCCCGACACUUUUCUUUUGAACAGCUGCUCUGUGGGUCUGGUGUUGUUCUACCUGAAGGAGGCAGCCACCAUGGUGUCAGUUUUCAAUGUCUGCCUGGACCCUCUUGUUUACUUUUUCCUCAGUAAGACUUUUCGGGCUCAAGUGAGAAAGGCGUCCAGGAGGACCAACAUUUAA